AUGUGGCAGAGCGCGCUCCCGUCCCGGCCGGGCUCGCGCCUCACGCCUCCGGCCGCGCGCAGUGGUAGAGUAAGAGCUUUGGAGAGGAAUAAGCUCACAAAGAAGACUCUUGAUCUGGCCCAGCAGUACUUCUUACCCCCCUACUCCUUCCAGAUCCGGGUUGGUGCUCUGUACCUUCUGUAUGGACUCUAUAAUGCCCAGCUUUGUCAGCCAAAACAAAAGAUCAGAAUCGCACUCAAGGAUUGGCCUGAAAUCCAGAAAUUUCAGCAGGAUCUGCUUGACUCCCAGCAUUAUGAUGCAACCUAUAUCUUUAGGAGACUGCGACUUGCCAGAGCCUUCCAUUUCACAGCAAUGCCAAAGCUACUGACCUACAGGAGGGAUAGGAAGAAGAUUGCAGAAAAUCCUUUGAAAGAAGAAUUUAAGGACCCGAGUAACAGAGUAAACAGCCUCAUCACUAAUGAUGUAUUGGAGGAACUGAUGAAUAUUCACUUCCACUAUCAGAAAAUGAAGUGUGUCAUUUCAGCUGACAAAUCCCAGCCAGACAAGGCCCUGAGCUUGAUAAAAGACGACUUUGUGGUUAAUCUAAAAGACAUAACCUUGGAACAUCAGGAAUGGCUGCAGAGCAGAAUGAGAUUAUUCCGAAAUGCUAAAGAAAUUGAUAAAGCAGAAAACAUAAAGAAAGAAGAAGCUUUGCUAGCAUCAGAGGGUUCUGAAAGAGCAAAUGCCCUGGCCAGAAUCAAAUACAGGUCUUAUUCUGCAGCUGUUGAGGUUUCCAAAUCCAGGAGACAUCGUCAAGUGCAGUUAGAAUCCUCUGAAUCAGGACCCAGUUGUGGGAAGUCCCCAAGUCGAAGUAAAAAGCCCAUCAGGAGACCACAGCCAGCAAGGAGGAGAGGUUCUUCAGAAGUUGGAGGUGAAAUGCAAGUGGCAAAGGGAACUGUAACUCGCCAUAUUGGGAUGCCAGUAAUCACAGAAGAGGACACAGAUGAAGGAGAAGUGUCUCUCCCCAAGAGGAGAAGACGACGUUAGAGGAUCCAGCUGGAGAAGCACUAAUGUUCAUUUUAAUGACAAAAUGAAAAUGUCAGAGGUAACACCAAGUGCUUGUUUUGGAUAUCUCUGAACAUAAAAGAAGUGUCUGGGACCAGAACCACAGGGGAUGCUGGGAUACUUCAGCUGUCUCGUGGUGCCUUUAUUCACCUGGUGAAUGCUUCUUGUGGGAGACUGAAGUUGCUGAGUCCUGGCUGAGAUGGAAAGAGAAGGCUCAGAAAAUAUUUGCCCCUGUAAGACCUGUCUGUAAUCCUUUAUCUCUGUAUAUCGAGUUACUGACUGUUGAAAAUUAGUACAAUAAAUUAUUUUUCAUGAUUGACUUGCUCCAUUUUAUGAUGUGUAAAAAUCACUGGUUUAUCAUGGCUUGAUCCCACACAUGUGGAAAUGAAUUUGCUGAUAUGUUGUGCCCGGCCUCCAGCAGCUCAGGAGUUAUUGUGUAUUCAAAUGGAGGGAUAAAAAGGGUAUUUCUUAAUUCUGCAGACAAUCCUAAGCUGUACAAGGGCAGGACUGGAAUUCAAAAUGAUCCUUAUAAAUUGGAGGGGAGUGAAAGAAGUGGGUGUGGAAAUAAACAUGGAUCUCAGUAUUGAGAACAGGCACAGCAUGGGGAAAUGUUUGCUUGGCCACAGUGCAGCAGAAAAAGCAAAUGCACUCAGAAUCAUCAGCUGGGGUGUUUUCUGUAAACACUAAGACCAGUAGAAUUUGUGUCACUCAGCCU